AGCCAAAACAAACUAAAAAAAAAAAAGAAAGACAAAGCCGAAGCUUUAAACCGAUAGAGAGAAAUGGCGACCUCAGGAACAUACGUGACAGAAGUGCCGCUAAAAGGGAACGCGGAGAAACACUACAAGAGGUGGAGGAACGAGAACCACGUCUUCCCUGACGCCAUCGGCCACCACAUCCAAAAUGUCACCAUUCACGACGGUGAAUGGGACUCUCACGGGGCUAUCAAGACUUGGAACUACACAUGCGAUGGCAAGCCGGAGGUAUUCAAGGAAAGGAGGGAGAUAGACGAUGAGAAGAAAACGGUGACGUUUAGAGGACUUGAAGGCCACGUGAUGGAACAGCUCAAGGUGUAUGAUGUCAUUUUCGAGUUUAUUCCCAAAUCUGAGGAUGGCUGCGUCUGCAAAAUCACUAUGAUAUGGGAGAAGCAUAACGAUGACUUCCCUGAACCAAGCAACUACAUGAAAUUCGUUAAGAGCAUGGCUGCUGACAUGGACGACCACGUCCUCAAAGCUUAAUUAUCAUCACAACUACCAUCACCAUGAUCGCUAUCAUCUCUAUUUCGAUAUACUAAUAAAAUAAAAAUGGAGUUUUAUUUCUUUAAAGUAAGAUCAUGCUUUGAUAUGUUCGUAUUGUCAUCACCGGGUAUGAUUUUAUACAUGUACGUUGUUGUUCAUUUAUCAACAUAUUCAGUGUUUUGGGCUACUCAAAGGCUCUCUCAUAUUCCUGGCCUCAGAAUUUUUUCUUUUCUUUUCUGAAUAGUACUUUUAUUUCUUUUGUUUCUUUGAAAGAGAGACUAUUUAAAAGUUGCUUACAUCAGAGGUGGAAGUAACAACAACGAUCUCAUUUGAAACUAAAGUGAAGUAAAGAAAGGAUUCUUCAACAGCUGGUCUGAGCUCAUGAUGAUUGAGGGUUAGGCCGAUUCUAUUGGAUCUUGAUUUCAUUUCCAGGGCAGCCAUUUUUGCCCCAAGGAGAAGACGAAUCUAUUUUACCAAAGUGUUCGGUUGUGGCUCCUCUGCUGAAUGUAAUCUAGCUUUUUAGUUUCCUCCAAAAUAAAGUAGGUUGCUGCUUGGAAAAUGAGGUGACAGAUAUGGACCGAGCCUUAGAGGAAAUAUACACUGUUUGAACCCAAGUGAUAACUUCAGUUAAGCCUGAUGGAGGAUUUAAAGCUGGGUGGUUGAAGAAAGCAAGCCACACUGUAGUUGAGUAAACACAAUUAAAUAACAAGUGAGGUGAUGUGAUGUUUCAGGAGCUGUGUUACAUUACACACUCGGAUUGACAUUGAGGCCCCAACUUAGCUUCUCAACUGGUCCUUUGUUCGAAGGCGAUCCAAGGCCUAGCGUGAUUUUCUUCUCAUCUCUAUUUUUGUUUUCUUGAUUAGUCUUUCUUUUUUCCAAUUAA